AUGGAUAGUGGGACCAAAAGGGAAUUCGGUCGCAACGUGACGAAUGUGGACGACUUUAAGGGUGCCAAGUUAACGCCUUCAAAGAUCCACCACCAGAAGUUUGAGGGCAGUGACAAACGCCAUGGAGUCAGGUUGGCCGACGAAGGCAAGUGGUGUAUUCACAAACGGAGCCGGGUGGAGCCUGUCGCCGCCGGGCCUUCACGUGAGAGGAGCGUGGAGGAGACAAAAUCCACAACGACGUGCUGCUCCUUACCUCUGCCAAGUCAGGAAACAAACCUCUGCAGCAUUCGUGGCGACAGCAACACCUGCAGUAGCGAUGACAGCAGCAUUGAAAGGUACUUUGACGAAAGUUGCGAGGCUAUCGAAGCUCCCACAGCUCCGGCGCCGCGACCUCCGUCACCGACAUGGAAUAAUGCCUUGCGUACCGUAUCGGGGACAGCUGCUGCCGUAUUGCAGGACCUAAAAAAUGCGGCAUCCCUGCAAACUGACCAGAGCAGCAGUAGCGAGGUGCUGCCAUCACCACCAGUAAUUCCACUUAUCUUGUAA